CGUGUACACUCCACCACCGUUAGCUAGCUAGCUAGCUGUCAGAAUUAAGGUGUUAAAUAUAAAAGUUACGCUCCAGAGCACAGGGAAACAAAGCAUUUCAACAAAUCGCGGAAGAUGGAGACGCUCUACCAUCAGACAAACAAGCAAAUCCAGGAGGUGCAGUCUCUGAUGGGUAAUCUGGAGAAGACGGAUCGUCAGUCAGUACAUUUGUUAGAGAAUGAACUGCAGGCCAGAAUCGACCAGAUCUUCAAUCAUUUAGAACGCCUUGAGAUCCUGGCCAGCAAGGAACCACCAAACCGCCGCCAGAACGCCAAAUUGCGAGUGGACCAGCUUAAGUAUGAUGUGCAGCAUCUUCGGACCGCCCUGCAAAACUUCCAGCACCGACGCUACGCCAGAGAGGCCCAGGAGCGAGAGAGGGAGGAACUCAUGAGCCGUACCUUCACGACCAACGACGCAGACACCUCCAUCCCCAUAGAUGAGACCCUACAGUUGAACUCCAAUUUGCAUAACGCACACAGAGGCAUGGAUGACCUCCUGGGCAGCGGCAGUAGCAUCCUCAACGGUCUCAGAGAUCAAAGAUCUACACUGAAGGGGACCCAUAAGAAGAUGCUGGAUGUGGCCAACAUGUUAGGGCUGUCUAACACAGUGAUGAGACUGAUAGAAAGACGAGCCACCCAGGACAAGUUCAUCAUGAUUGGAGGCAUGUUGUUGACCUGCGUCUUCAUGUUCCUGGUGAUCAGAUACCUGGGCUGACCACCAUCCAUCCACAACGGCGUUUCUUGAUCACUCGUGGACAUUUCUGCGGCAUAUCAUCCCUCAUAAUAUGAAAAGUGGCAGAACUGACUUUUUAAGACCAGAUUUGAAUUAUUUUUUAUGAAUUGUGCCAUUAUAGUUUGUUUUCCACCAAAUAAAUUUUUUGGGCACCUGCAAAAUGGCAAGGUUGGAAAAGACCUUAAUUACAUACAGUAUUUUAUCCACUUGAAGCUCCAAGAGAGCAUUGAACUUUAUAAUAGGUCUGCUACUUUCCUCAGAUUACUGCCACACAUCCAUACUCAAGUCUUUUUUAUGAAAACCACUCUCCAACUGUAAAUCGCUCGUCACUGUACCCAAAUGGCUUUUUGAAUAUACUUCAACUGAUCUUUCUACUCGACUUGCUUUUAGUGAAAAGCUAUUUGGUUUGUUUUGCUCCUCGAUCUCUCAGUAAUGUUGUCUGUGUCUUUCUGCCUUGUUAAGCAUGGUUCACAGAGAAAUAGAAAUACUAAUAAGGCUCCCUGGAGAAUAUUGUUUUAUGUGUAGCUAAUGUUAUACACCAGAGAUAAACAGGGUGGCAACAGGAAUCUGCUCACAAAAACAAUGGAAGCAGACAUUAUUUUGUAAUUGUUGUAUAAUUUCUCUUGGAUUUAUGCUUGCAUUUAGUCUCACUAUGUGAGUGACUUCAUUCUCUAAUUAGAAUAAAACAUUUUCCAUUUC